CUCAGUUUGACAAUUUUUCCAAACUCGAGAGCCCUAAAAAUGGAACUUUCAAAGACCCACCUCAAAUUCCGUAACAUUGGCGCUUUUCUUUCUCUCUCCUCUUUCCUCAUAUCACCAAUUCUCUUCUUCCUCACCUUCAACGAGUUCAACCUGCCACUCUUCUUUCAACCAACUUUUAACUCAAUUUAAUUUCACUAAAAAACAAAAAUAUUGGUUAUUCAUCCUCACUGUAGAUUACUCUAAAUAUUUCAUUUUUUUUUAGGUUGGAUUGAAUUAAUUAGCUCUGAUUAAUUUUGGGAGUUAGUUAAUAUUGCAAAAUUAAUCUGGGUAAUAAAGCAAUUGAAGAAUAUGGUUUUGGGGGUUUAGGGUUAGGGUUAGGGUUUUAGUGAAUAGGGUAAUGGUGGUGGGGGUGGAGGAGAGGUGAUGGAAAACGCGGAGUUGGAAGAACCAGAGAAGAAAAGACCUCAUUUCAGCAGUGAUUCUUCCCCAAUGGCUCGCAACUCUAAUCUCUCUCCUGAUAACAAAUCGGUUGAUGCAACUCUCCUCCAAUACCAGAAUCAAAAACUUGUACAACAAUUGGAUGCACAGAAACAUGAGCUACAUGAUCUUGAAGUCAAAAUCCAAGAACUAAAAGAAAGGCAAUCCUCUUAUGAUGAUAUGCUAACAACUAUCAAGCAACUAUGGAACCAGUUGAUUGAUGAUGUAGUUUUUCUCGGGGUUAGAGCUGGAGGAAACCUAAAUGUCUUGCAAACUUUAGAUUCUGAAGACUAUUCUCAAGGUUGUUCAAACACUUCGUGUCCUGCGGAGCAUGUAUUACUCUGUAGGCUUCUAAACGUUGAUUCUGUCAAGGGCAAUGGAGGAGAGGAUCAUGUUAAAUCUGUUGAAGAAAUUUUUUCCCAACACUACUCCUCUAUUUUGGAUUUACUGAGAUUUUUUGAAAACUUUGUCGAGGAUCAGAAGAAAAAGACCUUCAGCAUUGCUCAGGAACUGCAUGAAAACCUUUCUACAGAAGGUUCUGGAGAUGCCAUCACUAAAUUGAACAAAAUUGAAGAUCUGAUGACAGAGGAGGCUACUAGUCUUCGUGUGGUCAUUGAUGGUCUCCAUCUAAAGCACUUACAAUAUGCUGAUAGGAUCCAGAGCUAUAUACAGAACAAGUCAGUGGAUGAAACUGAGAUCAAACAUAUUGCUGGUGAGCUUGAAGAGAGCAUGGCUGAGCUUGAAGAAAGCAGAAGAAAGCUUGUAAAUCUGAGAAUGCAGAAGAAUUUAGCAUCUGAGACUUACAGCCCAGUCACUGGGGUUAUGAAUGGCAAUUUAUCUUCAUUGAAAUUGCCUGAUAGGUCAAUGGGCCUGCGGGAGCUGAAACACUCAAUUGAAGAAGCUGAGAUAUUGGCUGCUGAUCGUCUUGCUGAGCUUGAGGAUGCACGUGAAGACAAUUCAAUCCUGUCAAAACAAUUAGAAGAAAUUGAGAAAGAAAUGAAAGAUGAUAAAUACGUGUGCAGUUCUCGAUUGUACACCUUGGUAAAUGAUCAGCUCCACCAUUGGAAAGCUGAAGUCACGCGAUAUAAAACAUUGACCGAUUCUCUGCAGUCCGAUAGGUCAUACCUUAUCAGAAGAGAGAAGGAACUAGAGUUAAAGAAAGAAUCAGCAGACAGUGCAAAAGCUUCUAUUGACAAGGCUGAGACAAGAGUUGAAGAAUUAGAGCUAAAAUUCCAGAAUUCUAUUAUUGAGAAGAAUGAACUUGAGGCUAAAAUGGAGGAAGCUGUUCAAGAUUCAGGAAGAACAGACAUUAAAUCUGAGUUCAAUGUGAUGGCCUCUGCUCUGUCCAAAGAAAUGGGUAUGGUAGAGGCUCAAUUGAAUCGAUGGAAAGAUAUUGCUCAGGAAGCCUUGUCCUUACGUGGGGAAGCAGAAACACAGAAGGCAUUGUUAAAUAGAAAGACUAGUGAAGUGAAGGCCUUGGGAGAUAAAUGUGGUCAGCAGAUGGCAGAAAUCAAAUCCCUCAAAGAGUUGAUUGAGAAGCUGCAAAAAGAAAAGUCGGAACUGCAAAUUUUCGUAGAUAUGCUUGGUCAGGGAAGUUAUGACAAUAGGGAUCUUAUGGAAAUCCAAGAAUCUGAACGAAGAGCUUGUGCACAAGCUGAGGUGUUGAAACAUGCUCUUGAUGAGCAUAAUCUGGAGCUAAGGAUAAAAGCUGCUAAUGAAGCUGAGGCUGCUUGCCAGCUGCGUCUCUCUGUUGCGGAAGCUGAAAUUGCUGAUUUAAGAGCCAAACUGGAUACUACUGAAAGGGAAGUUUGUGAACUGACAGAAGCAAUUAAAAUAAAGGACGCAGAGGCGGAAGCUUAUAUAUCUGAAAUUGAGACGAUUGGUCAAGCAUAUGAAGAUAUGCAGACACAAAAUCAACAUCUCUUGUUGCAGAUGACUGAGAGGGAUGAUUACAAUAUUAAGCUGGUGUCUGAAAGUGUAAAGACAAAGCAGGCUGUGAAUACACUUCUCACAGAAAAGCAAGCCCUGGCUAAGCAAUUUCAAUCAGUUAAUGCAUCAUUGGAAUCUCUUAGAGCAAGAAUUUCUAGGAGUGAGGAGCAGAUGAAGGCUAUUAUGUCAGAAGCGUUGAAUCAUUGUCAGGAAGACAGGCACCUCAUUGUUAGCCUAGAGAGAGCGAAAUGGGAAUUAUCAGAUGUAGAAAAGGAAUUAAAAUGGGUUAAAUCUGCUAUUGCUUCUUCUGAGAAGGAAUAUGAACAGGUUCAACGGAAGACUGCUGAUAUUCAAAAGGAGUUGGGCAGUGAAAGGAAUGACAAAAAGAAGCUUGAGGAGGAGCUCAGAGAAUGGAAGGACAGAGUUGCGGAGAUGACCGCUGAAACAGGGGAGGCUGCAAUCCAGAGACUUCAGGAGGAAAUAAAAGAUUGCAAGUCUAUUCUCAAAUGCAGUGUUUGCUUUGACCGACCAAAAGAGGUUGUGAUUGUGAAGUGCUACCAUCUAUUCUGCAAUCAGUGUAUACAAAGAAAUCUGGAAAUUCGCCACAGGAAAUGCCCUGGCUGUGGUACCGCAUUUGGGCAAAAUGAUGUUCGGUUUGUAAAAAUAUGAAAUAAACCUGCUCCUUUAGCCUCAAUUUGUUUUUUUGGGUUGCAGAAAACCCAAUGCUUUGUAUGAUAAAGUGCACCACACCAUUGUAAUUGGCAGCCUAAGUGGUUAUGCCCCCUUGUAAAUAGCAAUUAGUGUAGUGAGCUCCUCUUAUAAACUAUAGCAGCGGUGCUUAUCUGUAGUGUACUAUAGGUGACUUUUUAACUCAUGCCCUUAAUUGUGCAUGCUGAUGUGAAUUCGCAUUAGUUCAUAUUUUUUGUUUGUUGACAACUAAUAAGAGUAGCAAUAUUCUUGUAGCCUGCUUGACGGAUGACAGUCUAUUCUCUUUCUUGGCUGAUUUUUGGGGGUUCUUAUUGUAAACAUUUGUUAUUUAAUGAAUGAUUGAUGAUGUAUAUGGAUUAUAAUAAGAUGAAAAAUGUGUUUUGCCAUUUCAA